AUGCCUCUUAGCAAGAAUUCUGGAAGGAAAGUAUCAUGCCCAUACCUCUUUCCUGGAGAGUUCGAUCCCAAGCUCAGCCUCACAUGGAUGGAGGAGCAUCUGUACAGGCAGAGACCUCUUGAUCAAGAAGGAGCCUUAACUGUGGGAACGCAGCUGGAAGCCUGGUGUAUUCCAGAAGAACCGGAGUCAAUCCUACAUCUCCUCUUUCAUUGUCUGUUCGCUAAAGCAGUUUGGGAAAAAGCGAUCUUCUCAGAGAACUUCGUCUCGACUAUAUGCAGUAACGUCCGAGAAGGCUUGGCGAUGGCUCGAACCAGAUUAAAUCUCCCACCAAUUGGACUUGACAGAGGCGCUUUAUACCCUUGGAUCUGCUAG